AUGUCGUCGGUAUCGCCCGACGAGCCCGAGGCGCAGACGUGCGGCGACGCCUUCAAUAACGCUUGGCAGUGCUACUCGCCGACGUUUCAGAUGACCCGAUACUACCGCUACGGCGAGCUCGAUUCGUGCGAGGGUCGAUGGGACGCCAUCUGGGCGUGCAUGGACAGCCGCAAGCGGUCGGGCCAGGGGCUCAGCUCAAAGGCGCCGGUCAUCGCCGACGCGAAGGAGGAACGCGCCAAGCCGUACUGGAACCUGAUGGACCCGAAGGAAGCCGGCGCGCGAUGGAGGAAACGGUUCGGCGAUAAGGUCCCGACGGAGGAGGAGCUGGCCGAGAGGGACAGGGCGCAGAGCGCAGACACCAAAUCGUCCUGGUUCUGGUAG